GCUUCGCGGCGGGGAGGCCAUUGGUCGGCGCGAGCGGAAGUGCACCGGCCGUAGAGAGGUGAAGGGUGAGAGUUGUGGGGAAGGUGAAGAAGCAGCGUCAGGGACUGCUGGCUUUGCGGAGAGAGGAGCCCUCGGGCCGGGCUCGACAGGUCUCUGUUCCUAUCUUUAUCCCCCCAUGGAAGUCAACAUGGGGGAGAAAGCAGAAGAUUCUAAGCCUCCGGAGGACUUGUUCAAUGGUUUAAAGGUUACUGAUCCCCAGGAAUCAGAGUGUGCUAGCCCCUUGGUGUCUAGUUUAAAAGAUGAGUAUAUUCACAGCAAAGUACUAAAGGAUGUUCAGGACCAGGGAGAAGAUGAGUGUUUUCGUGACUGUAUUGACUCAUUUGAAGACAAGGAGGAUCCAAGUGUGGAAGAAUCAAAAGACAAACUGGAUGAUGAUGUGAAUCCCUCAGAACUAGAGGAAGAAUACCUACUGAGUUUGGAAAAAGAUAUGCCAGAUGAUGAAAAACAGAAAAGAAGAGAAGAGAGCACAAGACUAAAGGAAGAAGGGAAUGAACAGUUUAAGAAAGGAGAAUAUGUAGAAGCAGAAAGUUCUUACAGCCGAGCUCUUCAGACUUGCCCUGCCUGCUAUCAAAAAGACAGAUCGGUUCUAUUUUCAAACCGAGCUGCUGCAAGGAUGAAACAGGACAAGAAAGAUGCUGCUAUCAAUGACUGCAGCAAAGCAAUUGAAUUAAAUCCCAGUUAUAUCAGAGCAAUAUUGAGGAGAGCAGAAUUAUAUGAGAAAACUGACAAGCUAGAUGAAGCCCUGGAAGAUUAUAAAUCUGUUCUAGAAAAAGAUCCAUCAAUAUACCAAGCAGGAGAGGCUUGCAUGAGAUUACCUAAGCAAAUUGAAGAACGGAAUGAAAAACUAAAGGCAGAGAUGUUAGGUAAAUUAAAAGAUCUUGGGAACUUGGUUCUCCGACCUUUUGGACUAUCCACAGAAAACUUCCAGAUCAAGCAAGAUUCUUCAACUGGUUCCUACUCUAUUAAUUUUGUUCAAAAUCCAAAUAAUAACAACAGAUAACAUAAGAUAACCAUAGUAACUCCCUUAAAAGUUGGCUUGGAAAUUGUGUGCAGCUUGUAUUUAGAAAGGGAAAAGGCACUGUCAGUGUUUUAACUUGUAAAAGCAUCUACCUAAAGGAAAAGCUAUUCAACAGAGCACAGUACUUCUUUUCCCCUUUUGUUUUACUGUCGGAGUGAAAUACAAUUACUGAUGCGAUGGGCCUAAUUUUAUCUCCAGUUUAUGGUGUACAGCUACUACCCUUGGUGCCCUCUGCAUGUCAAAUUUGUCCUGUUCCCUAAGGAAGCCUGCAAAAAAGCAAGGCUUACCCCUGAGCAGCACAAAGCCAUUCAUUCUCGUUCAAUCCCAGGAAACAGCUACUUGAACCAACCAGGCUUGUCUAAAAGAGUGGAAGUGAUUGGUUUCCCAUCAUCCCUUCCUCCCCUCCACCAUUUUCUCUCCAAAUACACUGCCAAAGCUCUUGUGAUCUUCAAUAUUUUAUUAUUUCCCCUUGUGGUAAUAAAGGUAAAGACUUAACUGGA